CGGAUAGAGUUAAGUCGCCAUCUUUAGAGCAGACCUACCGGUAGAGUGGGAGCUCCAAGCCGCCGCCGCUGCUCCACAGACCGCCGACAGAGCCUCACGCACCCGCCCAGCCUCGCUCCAGCACCGCCUGUCCCCAACGCCCAGCGCCAUGGCAGACCGAGAGCACUUUGUAUACCAAGCGAAGCUCGCUGAGCAAGCGGAGAGAUACGACGAAAUGGUGGAGUCCAUGAAAAGCGUGGCAGGGAAGGACGUGGAGCUGACCGUUGAGGAGAGGAAUCUGCUGUCUGUGGCCUAUAAGAACGUGAUUGGUGCACGGAGAGCCUCCUGGAGGAUAAUCAGCAGUAUCGAACAGAAGGAGGAGAGCAAAGGAGGAGAAGACAAACUCAAAAUGAUCCGGGAAUACAGACAAACGGUCGAGAAAGAGCUGAAAUCAAUCUGUAACGACAUUCUGGAUGUACUGGACAAACACCUCAUUCCUGCAGCCAACACAGGAGAGUCGAAGGUUUUCUACUACAAAAUGAAGGGUGACUACCACAGGUACCUGGCAGAGUUCGCCACGGGCAACGACAGGAAGGAAGCAGCAGAGAACAGUUUGGUAGCGUACAAAGCAGCCAGCGACAUCGCCAUGAUCGAACUGCCGCCCACGCACCCCAUCCGCCUGGGCCUGGCCCUCAACUUCUCCGUCUUCUACUACGAAAUCCUCAACUCCCCGGACCGCGCCUGCAGGUUGGCAAAGGCGGCGUUCGAUGAUGCGAUAGCAGAACUGGACACGCUCAGUGAGGAGAGCUAUAAGGACUCCACACUCAUCAUGCAGUUGCUACGUGACAACCUGACACUAUGGACUUCAGACAUGCAGGGAGACGAUUCAUAAGGACAGCCCACCCCUCCCCUUAUUCCCUCUAGAGCUCCUCUUUGUGAAGAACAGAAUAAAGAAGCACUGCAAGAUGUUGAAGAUGAGAACCAGUGAGACAUCACAGCCAACAUGAAUCUCUCUCUCUCUCUCUCUCUCUCUCUCUAUCUCUCUAUCUCUCUCUGUCUCUCUAUCGUAUAUAUCCCUCUCGUCCCUGCCCCCCUCAGGUGUCCAUGGUGUCACAGAAAGAGCUCUGAAGCCACUCUCUUCUCUGGCGCUUGCUCGCUCACUCUUUCUUUCCAUCAUUCUCUCUCUCUUUUGUCUGGUAUGUCUCUGUCCAGCUUUGUGCUCUUUCGGGUUACGCCCUGGGCAUUUUUAAAUGUUGUUUUUUCCCUUUUUCUUUUCCUUUCUUUCUUUCUUUCACCCUCCUUUGACUUGGCUCAGUCAGAUCCACAUGUGAAUUUGUCCACCAGAGAGAACAGGUGUUGCAGAGAAUUUCCCCCUCGAUUCCUUACCUGUCGCAAUGCUUCCCACAGAGUCUUGUGUGCAUACAGGCUUUAUUUUAUAUCUCGCUUUGCUUUUAACUCGGCCUGCCGUGGCGGUACAGUAUCGCUUGCCAGAUUGAAUUCGCAGUUGUGUGAUUGGAAGAAUUAUUUCUUCUGUAAUUGUGCAUCGCCUGCUGUCUCUUGGUGGUUGGGAUGGUCACGUCAGUGGUAAAUCUCAGCUCUCUCUUCUGGAAGAGGAAACCCAGAAAGGGCCUUUAUUCUCCUGCUUGUUUUUAAAGGGAUGGAUUUAGUUUGUUUUUUUUAAGUGCCCUCUGUCUCUGACUGGCCUGCUGUGUGGCUUUUAAAGCAGGUUUAGGCUCUCGGAUGCAUCAUGAACGUCUCAAUGCCUUGAACGCAUUCCCAGCAUCCCGUGGGUUUGUGCUCAUAGCCCUCUAUGCAUUAUCUUACCAGAACAUUGCUCCAGCGUUAUAUAUAAACUCGUCGUCCUCCGUCUCUUAUCUAUUUUUAGCGAAUGGCUUGCAGUAUUUGGCUUUGUUAGAGGAAAUAAACAGGGGAACUCUUCAGCGCUCUGUCUCACUUGGUUUAAGUGCAAACCAUGAGCAAGAAAGCAUUACUGGUGUGUUUUUGUUUGUUUUUUUUCCCUCAAAUUAAAAAUGAUCCAUUUUUCCUUCAUUUUUUUAAGCAUCAUCUCGUCCAUGUGACUUCUUUGCCCUCUGCUUUGCCUCUCUUGGUCCCGCCUUCUCGCUUGCUCUCUAGGUCUGUCCUCCUUUUCUUUCUCUUUUUUUUGUUUUUUUGUCCUCUCUCUCUCAUCCGUUCAGUAUGUGUAACUUGAAUCUGAUUUGUACUACUGGAUAUUCUGACCGGAGCCAACAAGCACCGUCUGUAUUCUUACUGAAACACAGCAUGGGAUUAACUUUAACCUUCAAAUAAAAACAAACCUAAAUUAAAAA